AUGGAAGAUCACAGAAAAGCUGAGAUAGAAAACUGGGGCAAGACAUUACUUUUUAUUAUUGGGAAAUUCCUAGAUGCCCCUAUCGAGCGCAUAUUAAAUAUAAAGUAAUCCCAAGCAUACAAUAAUUAAUUCAAAACAUUAAAGAAAGAUUAAUUCAAGGGAUAUAUUGAAAUUACUAAGGAUAUUUACACAAAACAGGGUGGGUUUAGAUAAUUUUGGAGGGGUUAUCCAGCAAUUGGGCCUUAGGCUUUAGCUUUAUAUAUUGCACAUUCAAACUAAGUCACUAAUGGAGAGCUAUUGUACAAAUAUUUGAGGUUUAUUGGAUUCGAGGAUAACUUCUAAUUCACCUCAUAUUUACUUUUCUAAUUAUUUAACCAGACAGCUCUUACUGUUCUCGCUUAUCCUUUUCAUCUCAUUAAUGUAAAGCUAAAUUAGGAAAUUGGCACAACUUAAUAGUCGCGACAGUUUGUGUCAUUCAAAGAUGCCUUUAGGAGGCUUCAUUAUUAAACUUAUGAUUCAUUAGGAGUUUAAUAGACAUAUUAUCGUGGAGUUGGAUCAUUUUUGUUAACAUGCAUGAUUUAUAACUAGUCCUUUUCACUCUAUAACAGACUUGUCCACUCUUUUUUCUCAAAGCUUAAUAAAUUAGAGUAAAAUGAGCAACCAAAUGAAUUUUUGAAGCGUAAGAGAAAUGUUAUGCUGAAUAUAGCGUUGCUAAUGGGAGCACCUAUAGUAACAUUUCUAUCUUAUCCUUUUGAACUUGUAUACAGAAUAUAAAUAGCCAUUAUGAACCAAAAAUAAAAGCAACUUAAUAUUAUUGAGACAUUUUAAGACAUUAUAAAGAAGAAUGGAUAUAAAGGAUUGUAUAAUGGAGUAGUAUUAUGCAAUUUCAGGAACUUGAUAUUCUUAUUUAUGAAUAGCUUGUAUGGUGGUAUUAGCAAAAAGCAAAGCAAAGAAAUUUGA